AUGGCAAUACUCCUCACAGGCGGCACGGGCAAGACCUCCGUACGCAUUGCGCGUCUGUUGCAAGAUGCGAAGAUCCCAUUCGUCUUGGCCUCUCGCAGAGGCGAGGCUGCAGCUCCAUCCGGCAUGCCAGCGGUCAAAUUCGAUUGGCUCGAGUCUUCGACCUUUGCGACCCCCUUUCAACAUAAAUUCUCCGGCGGAGAGGGUAUUUCCGCAAUCUAUUUGGUUGCGCCCGAAGCCGCCGAUCUAGUACCGCCAAUGAAUGCUUUUGUCGACUAUGUAGUCAAAGAGCACGGUGUCAUAAGAUUUGUCCUCAUCGCCGGUAGUAGCACUGAGCCAGGCGGGCAUCGCCUCGGAAAAGUGUGGCAGCAUCUUAUCGACAUUGGCGUCGAGUACUGUGUGCUGCGUCCAACCUGGUUUAUGGGGACGCAUCAUCUCACGAUAAAAGACGAGGGUAAAAUCUUUACGGCGUGCGGCGAUGGCAAAAUACCAUACAUCAGCGCCGCCGACAUUGCAGCCGUCGCAUCCCGCACGCUCACCGACGAGAAACCGCACAACACUGAUUAUAUGAUUGCAGCAAAACUCAGCAGCUGUCUGGGGCGCGAAAUCACACACGUCAAUCUCACCGAUGAACACAGAGCACAACGGCUGAUGAGCGUUGGCGUGCCGGAGUACUUCGCAAAGCGGCUUGCCUCUGUUGAAGUCGCAGUCGCUAAUGGGAGCGAGAACAGAAUGAACGGCGUCGUGGAACGAGUGACUGGGCGGCCUCCACAGACGUUCGAUGAAUUCGCCCAGAAAUGCAAGUCGGCUUGGGAUGCAUAUAUCCCUCAGCUACCUCUAUAUGUUGCACCAUCUUCCGCCUCUUGUUAG